AUGUCUGGAGGUUUGGAGUUCAUGAACCUGACUUAUACUGUCACAAAGAAACAAAAGAUUGAGGGAAAGUGGAUUGAGGAACAAGUGGAUUUGCUUCACAAAAUUAGUGGGCAUGCACCCAAGGGCUCUGUGACGGCUGUGAUGGGGCCUAGUGGUGCAGGCAAAUCCACCUUUCUUGAUGGCCUGGCGGGGCGCAUAGCCAGUGGGAGUUUGCAAGGAAGGGUGUCCAUGGAGGGACGGUUGAUGAGUCCUUCACUUAUCAAGCGAACAUCUGCUUAUGUUAUGCAGGAUGAUAGGCUCUUCCCAAUGCUCACUGUUUAUGAGACGCUCAUGUAUGCUGCUGAGUUCAGGCUUGGUGAAGAAGUUAGCUAUUCAGAAAAGCAAGCCAGAGUGGAGAAGCUCAUAGAGCAGCUUGGCCUAACGAAUGCUAGAAACACGUACAUAGGAAACGAGGAAGUACGAGGAGUUUCAGGCGGUGAACGGCGGCGAGUAUCAAUUGGAGUGGACAUGAUUCACGGGCCGGCUUUGCUGUUUUUGGACGAGCCCACCUCAGGUCUGGACUCCUCCAGUGCUCACAGCGUUAUCGAGAAAGUCCACGACGUGGCCAUGGCCGGCAGCGUGGUGAUCCUGACCAUCCACCAGCCUUCCCACCGCAUUCUCACCCUCCUCGACAAUCUCUUCAUUCUGGCCAGGGGUCAGCUGAUAUAUCAAGGAUCUCCCAAGGAUGUGGGAGUUCACUUAUCCAACAUGGGACGCAAGGUGCCAAAGGGCGAGAACAGCAUCGAGUAUUUGCUGGACGUAAUCGCUGAAUAUGAUCGCUCCACCCUCACUAUCGCUGCACUUGCAGAAUACUACAUCACCAAAAUUAGACCCCCAGCGCUCACGGAUGACGUCGACAUAUCAAUCGUUUCUGCUUCUUCGGUGAAGGGGCUGGGGCAUGAUGCUGCGGGGAUAAUGCAUCUGCGAAGCCCAAGCAUGAAGCAUAUGGGUGUGGAAGAAAGCCGGUCGAUAUCAAUCGACAUGGGUUCUUCUGCUCAUGUUGUAAAUGAGUUCGACCAUAGUGUGAGAACACCCAGGGGAAAGGGCCGUGGGAGAAGUGGAAUAGUGGAGAGCUUUACUUUCACUCCCUCACGCACACAUCGCAGAAGUGGACUAUCUCCAAACUAUGUGAAUUCAGAAGAGAUCGUAUCCACGACAGGCUCUACACUUCGUAGCAGUGAGUACACAGUGGGCGAGUCUGAUUACUUUUACAAGAACCCCAUUCAAAUGUCUCCUCAUGAUAUUGAUCUGGGUCCAAAGUUUCCAAACUCCUUUCACAAAGAAGUUCUAGUCUUGAUAAAACGAAACUUCCACAACAUCAGAAGAACCCCAGAGUUGUUUCUGUCAAGGCAGGUAGUGUUGACAGUGAUGGGAGCGAUGCUAGGCACCAUGUUCCUUUUCCCAGACAAGGAUGUGCAAGGCAUGACCAAUGUACUCUCUUUCUUCAUAUCGACAGUUUGCCUCUUCUUCUUUUCUUCCAAUGAUGCAGUGCCAGCCUUCAUACAGGAGCGCUUCAUAUUCAUAAGGGAGUCUUCACACAAUGCAUACAGAGCCUCCUCAUACGUUAUAUCAGGCCUCAUAACCAACCUUCCCUUUUUAUUAAUUCAGGCUCUGACAUAUUUCAUCAUAGUGUGGUACCUCUUGAAGCUGAACGGAGACUUCUACUACUUUGUGCUGGUCCUCUUCGUCUCUCUUAUAACCACCAAUUCCUUCGUUGUGUUUGUGAGUUCAGUGGUGCCCAAUUAUAUCCUGGGCUAUGCUGCAGUCAUUGCUUUCACUGCCAUCUUCUUUCUCUUCUGUGGCUUCUUCAUUCCACGAGAAAGUAUUCCAAUAUAUUGGCAAUGGAUGCACUAUAUUUCUACAAUUAAGUAUUCCUACGAAGGCAUGAUCAUGAAUGAAUAUUCAAGGGAUAUAUGCUACACCUUUCUUGAUGAGACAAAAGGAAUCUGUGCCUUGCAUCGCACCGAAGUGUUAACAGGUCUGUCAAUCAGUACAGAUAAAAUGAACAAGUGGGUAAGCCUGGCGUCUCUUCUUGGUUGGGCAGUCAUUUACAGGAUUUUGUUUUACAUUAUUCUGCGCUUUGCCUCCAAAAACCAGAGGACAUGA